CACGAUUCAUUCGAUCAAAGGCUGUUGCGGUUCAAGUAACUAAUUAGAAAAUUUAAAAAAUAAAUAAAUGGUAACUAGAAAAAGGCUUACAAAAUAUCACAAUGAAAACCUGCGACGGAGGAUCUGAAAAACGGUAUGGCUUCGGCGUGCGCCACAUCCAGAUGGCCUGCAUGUGUCUCACCAUGCUGGCGCUGUUCAUCGCGCGCAGCAGCCUGGGCGUGGCCAUCCUCGCCAUGACGGACGUGCGCCGGAUCAAUGAUACCAACAUCACCAUUUACGAAUGGGACAAGAAGACCCAAGGCAUGAUACUGUCGUCGUUCUUCUGGGGCUAUCUGAUCAUGCAGAUCCCCGCGGGAUUGCUUGCCAAGAGGUACGGCGGGAAACCCAUCGUGCUGUGCUCCCUCCUCACCAACACCAUCAUCUGCGCUCUUCUGCCCACGCUUGUGAAAUAUGGUGGAUGGCAGAUAGUGUGUGCGUGCCGCGUGAUCAUGGGCCUCACACAGGCGUGUCUGUUCCCCGGCUUCCACACGCUACUGGGACAGUGGCUGCCGGCGCACGAGAUUACCUCCUACUCCGGCAUCGUGUAUGGAGGGUCUCAACUAGGCACAAUCAUCGCGAUGCCGGUGUCCGGCCUGCUGGCCGAGACGGCGCUGGGCUGGAAGCUGAUCUUCUACGUGGUGUCCGGCAUCAUGCUCGUGCAGUCCAUCGUGUGGCUGUUGUUCGCCGCCAGCUCGCCGCGGGACCAUCGCCUCAUGACGGAGGAAGAGAAGGAGUACAUUGAGAAGGGGUUAAAUGUUGGUGGCUCCAAGAACCAAAGAACUCCGUGGAAGCAUAUCUUACGCACGAAGGCGCUGUGGGGCAUCAUGGUGACCCACGUGGGCAGCGCCAUCAGCUACGUGCUGUUCUUCGUCGACAUGCCCACGUACCUGGAGAGGGGCUUGCAGAUCUCACUGAAGGACAGCGCCUCCCUGUCCGCGCUGCCGUACAUCGGCAUGUUAGUGGGCAACAUCGUGUCCACGGCCGUCUCGCAGAAGAUCUCCAACAAGGGCUACCUGUCGCUGCUCACCUGCAGGAAGCUCUUCAACUCCAUCGGUUUCUUCGGCACAGCCUUCAGCCUCAUCGCGCUGGCGUUCAUAGGGCCGGAGCACCGUAACCUGGCUAUUGUCACUCUCGUCGUGGCCCUCACCCUUAACGGGUUCUUUGGGGCUGGGUAUAUGAUGUCAUACUUGGACCUGUCACCCAACUACGCCGGCGUCAUGCUCUCUAUUACCAACUUUGUGGCGAACUUCGGCAGCGUCCUCACUCCCAUCACAACCAGCUUCAUACUCAGAAACGACCCAACCGACAUCAGUCGCUGGAGAGUGGUGUUCCUGACCUGUGCGGUGAUCUGCAUCGUCGCCAACACCAGCUUCGUGUUCUUUGCCAGCGUCAAGAGACAGGAGUGGGAUGACCCCGACUUCUUGGACAAGAUCAAGGCUGAUCCAGAGGAAGUAAAACCUGCGUUAACGAAAACCAAAGAAGAAAUUGUAACCAAAUGAGACGAUUGUAAAUAAUAAAGAUAUAGAUAGAUAAGAUUGUAAUUUAUUUUAGUUAGCUUUAAAAUUAUUUAAAUAAAUAAAUGAUU